AUGUACAAUUAUAUGACACUUACCUUUAUUGAAGAUCUGGUGAUGAUUGAUAGGAUGGGAGGAGGGGAGACUGUGGAUGAUGUUAGUGUUUAGAAGGUGAAUCCCCUUCCAUUAGGACUUGAGGUGUCGAGUCCUUUUCCGGGGUUACUUCCCUUCUUCUUUUAAUGCCACUAGGACCAGCUUGAGAGUCACUGGACCUCUGUCGCACAACAUAUCUGUCCAGAGAGGCCUGUACCUCCCGUUCCUUUAUGACAUUCCUAAAGCAUUUCACAACAUUGUCAGUGUCACAAUUAAACACUUGUUCAGGUUUCAAUUCUUCACUGUCUAUGUACUCCUUGAAUUCCUGCACAUAUUUUUCAGCUGCUUUUUGGUCCAAACUGGCAGCCUCACCAUGCCUUAUCACACUGUGUAUGCCACUACGAUUCUUAAAUCUCUCAAACCAACCUUUGCUGGCCUUAAAUUCACUCACAUCACCACUAGUUGCAGGCAUUUUUCUAAUUAAAUCCUCAUGCAACUUCCUAGCCUUUUCACAUAUGAUCACUUGAGAGAUGCUAUCUCCUGCUAUCUGUUUUUCGUUUAUCCACACCAAUAACAGUCUCUCAACAUCUUCUAUCACUUGCGAUCUCAGUUUCGAAAACAUAGUUGCACCUUUGGCAAGAACAGCUUCCUUGAUUGCCAUUUUCUUGGCCACAAUAGUAGCGAUGGUUGAUUGGGGUUUUGUGUACAACCUGGCCAGCUUGGAGACACACACUCCACUUUCAUACUUAGCAAUGAUCUCUUUCUUCAUAUCCAUAGUAAUUCUCACCCUUUAUGCUGUGGAGUUGGCACUAGAAGCUUUCUUGGGACCCAUGGUGACUUAUUUUGCAGGUGCAAUCACUAAAAAACGCUGUGAUAAUAUGAAAUGUUCCGAUUGUAUGUUUGGAUGGGACCGCGGUGGCUGGCUGGCUUGUAAACACUGUCCACAAGUGGACGCGUCUCAGACGGAACGAAUCAUGUUGGUCGAGUUUUUUAGCGCUAGUCAAGGCAAAAUUUUUGCAUUAAAAUGUAUCGCUAGUCAGAUUUAACGUUAGACGAUGCCAUCGUUGGUCGAGGGUCCACUGUACAUGAGUGGGUGUGAGUUGAACCUGACUAGCUUGUGCUGCUGGGUCUGGUGCCGUGCUCCUUCCUUGAGUGGAGGUGACCAGACUGGGUGGGUCAUUGUGCUAAUCUGGGGGGGGGGGAGACAUGGACCUGCUCCGCAUGAGUCAUUAGGCCUGUUGCAGUGUUCCUUCUUUCUUAUGUCACCUGUGCACCAUUUAUAACAUUUUUAGUAUAUCUAAAUUAUAACUAGGCAUUAAAUAUUGGUGUAGUUAAGGUAGGAUUUCAGAUAUGCAAGUGCAUGAUCUCUGAUACCAUAAUGUUCCAUUUGAGUUUAAGGUGCAGAGUGCUGUGGUCUGUGUUGAAAGCUUUCCUAAGGUCAAUAAAAAUGGCUAAGUGGAUAUUCAUUAUUUUCGAGAGCUUUAUAAAGGAACUUUAGCACUUUUAUACUUGCAUCAUUUGUGCUUUUAUUUAGUCUAGAUUGGGGUUUCCUGAGGUCACCAGUACUGAUCCUUAAUGAUUGAUGGGACUAUUGAAGAGGUUGAUAAAUGGCUGGGGUCAAAAUGGGGUCAGUAAAUGUCUGGGAAUGUUCUUUGAUUUGUGUAUCUGUGACCUUCCACCCUUUCCCUUGUCUCUCAUCUCUGCUGUCCUGGGAAGGAUAUACAGUGGACCCCCGCAUACCGUCGCCAUCACAUAACGUACAAUCCGCAUACCGCUCGCUUUUAUCGCAAAAAUUUUGCCUCGCAUACCGCUCAAAAACCUGCUCACCGCUCUUCGUCCGAGAUGCGUCCAAUGUGCGCCCUUAGCCAGCCUCACAUGUGCCGCUGGUGGCAUUGUUUACCAGCCUGCCUCCGCGGUAACAUCCAAGCAUACAAUCGGAACAUUUCGUAUUAUUACAGUGUUUUUGGUGAUUUUAUCAGCCAAAUAAGUGACCAUGGGCCCCAAGAAAGCUUCUAGUGCCAACCCUACAGCAAUAAGGGUGAGAAUUACAAUAGAGAUGAAGAAAGAUAUCAUUGAUAAGUAUGAAAGUGGAGUGCGUGUCGCCGACCUGGCCAGGUUGUACAAGAAACCCAAAUCAACCAUCGCUACUAUUGUGGGCAACAGAAAGGCAAUCAAGGAAGCUGUUCUUGCCAAAGGUUUAACUGUGUUUUCGAAACAGAGAUCGCAAGUGAUGGAAGAUGUUGAGAGACUCUUAUUGGUGUGGAUAAAUGAAAAACAGCUAGCAGGAGAUAGCGUUUCUCAAGCGAUCAUAAGCGAAAAGGCUAGGAAGUUGCAUGAGGAUUUAAUUAAAAAAAUGCCUGCAACUAGUGAUGAUGUGAGUGAAUUUAAGGCCAGCAAAGGUUGGUUUGAGAGAUUUAAGAAGCGUAGUGGCAUGCAUAGUGUGAUAAGGCAUGGUGAGGCUGCCAGUUCGGACCACAAAGCAGCUGAAAAAUAUGUGCAGGAAUUCAAGGAGUACAUAGACAGUGAAGGACUGAAACCUGAACAAGUGUUUAAUUGUGAUGAAACAGGCCUGUUUUGGAAGAAAAUGCCAAGCAGGACCUACAUUACUGAGGAGGAAAAGGCACUCCCAGGACAUAAGCCUAUGAAAGACAGGCUUACUUUGUUGAUGUGUUCCAAUGCUACUGGUGAUUGCAAAGUGAAGCCUUUAUUAGUGUAUCACUCUGAAACUCCCAGACCGUUCAGGCAAAAGAAUGUCCUCAAGGAGAAUUUGUGUGUGCUGUGGAGGGCAAACAGUAAGGCAUGGGUCACUAGGGACUUUUUCUAUGACUGGUUACACCAUGCAUUUGCCCCCAAUGUGAAAGAUUACCUAACUGAAAAGAAAUUAGAGCUUAAGUGCCUCCUGGUGUUAGACAAUGCCCCUGGUCAUCCUACAGACGUGGCAGAGCGACUUUAUGGGGACAUGAAAUUCAUUAAGGUCAAGUUUUUGCCUCCUAAUACCACUUCUCUCCUGCAGCCCAUGGACCAGCAGGUUAUUGCAAACUUCAGAAAACUGUACACAAAAGCUCUGUUCGAAAGGUGCUUUGUAGUGACCUCAGAAACUCAACUGACUCUAAGAGAGUUUUGGAGAGAGCACUUUAAUAUCCUCAAUUGUGUAAACCUUAUAGGUAAGGCUUGGGAGGGAGUGACUAAGAAGACCUUGAACUCUGCUUGGAAGAAACUGUGGCCCGAAUGUGUAGACAAAAGGGAUUUUGAAGGGUUUGAGGCUAACCCUGAGAGGAUUAUGCCAGUUGAGGAAUCCAUUGUGGCAUUGGGAAAGUCCUUGGGGUUGGAGGUUAGUGGGGAGGAUGUGGAAGAGUUGGUGGAGGAGGACAAUGAAGAACUAACCACUGAUGAGCUGAUAGAUCAACUUCAACAGCAAGAGGCCAGACCUGAGGAAACUGGUUCAGAGGAAGGGAGAGAGAAAUUGAAGAAGUUGCCUACUACAAAGAUUAAGGAAAUCUGUGCAAAGUGGCUUGAAGUGCAAACCUUCAUGGAUGAAAAUCACCCUCACACAGCUAUUGCAAGCCGUGUUGGCAACCUGUACACUGAUAAUGUUGUGAAACACUUUAGGGAAGUCAUAAAGGAACGAGAGGUACAGGCCACUAUGGACAGAUAUGUUAUGCGAAAGAAGUCCAGUGACUCUGAAGCUGGUCCUAGUGGCAUUAAAAGAAGGGAAGUAACCCCAGAAAAGGACUCGACACCUCAAGUCUUAAUGGAAGGGGAUUCCCCUUCUAAACACUAACACUCUCUCUUCCCUCCUCCCAUCCCAUCAAUCAUCACCAGAUCUUCAAUAAAAGUAAGUGUCAUGUAAUUGUGCAUGCCUUUUUCAGUUUGUGUGUAUUAAAAUUAACAUUUCAUGUGGUAAAAUUUUUUUUUUUUCAUACUUUUGGGUGUCUUGCACGGAUUAAUUUGAUUUCCAUUAUUUCUGAUGGGGAAAAUUCAUUCGCAUACCGACCAUUUCGCAUAACAGAGCCCUCUUGCACGGAUUAAAGUCGCUAUGCGGGGGUCCACUGUAUGUACGUGUAGUAUUCCAGUUUCACCUUCCAUACUCCCUCACCUCAAACUCUGAUAAAAUAGGCCUAUUUAAUCCUUUGACUGUUUUGGUUGUAUAUAUACGUCUUACGAGCCACCGUGUUUGAUGUAUUAAUGUGCAUAAAUUCUAGCGGCUUCGAAUCAUGCAGGAGAAAGCUGGUAGGCCCACAUGUGAGAGAAUGGGUCUCCAGGGUCAGUGUGCACUAUAUAAAAAAAAAUCGGGGAGCCAGUGGUGCAUUGUGGGAAUGCCAUUUCAAUAGUCCUUGUUCAGCAUGCCUAGCAGUAAGAAAUGUGUGACUCCCUGUCAAAUCUGGGACUCUACUCUUCCCAAGUGAUGCUCUAACACAGAUGGAAGUGUCAAUGAAGAUCAGUUUCAUGGUUUUGAGGAGUUUGUGACCAAAAGCAAUGCCCAGGAUACCAGAAGAAUGAAGGAGAAUGAGGGAGAGAAUGAGAGAGAGAAUGAUAGAAUGAGUUAGAAAGAUAAUUAGAUAGGAUGGAGGGGAAGCAAGCAUCCGACCCCAUUGUUUUGAUAGGCCGUAGGGGGAGUGAGUAAUUGAGACAAUAUCAUUUUGACAGCUGCCGACCCUGACUCGGAGCAAUUAGAAGUCCACACACUUGCACACAACACAAGCUUGAAGAUAAUAGCAGUUAUACGAAAGUAUCCAGUGACUAUAUAUGUGUAUAUAUAUUAUAGAAACCAGAAGGAAGGAAGAAAGGAAGGCAAGAAGGAAGGACAAGAUGAAAGGAAGGAGGGAAAAAAGUAAGGAAGGAAGGAAUGUAGGAAGGAAGGUAGGAAAGGAAUGCAGGAAGGUAGGAAGGAAGGAAUGAUGACACAUGACCAUUUACCUAGGAUAACUACCUAACACAAUUGCCUGCUAAUACUUUGAUGAAAACUGCUCAGAUGAGGUAUUUUGUCUUUGUACAUAAAAAAAAGGCCCACAAAAAUGCAGACACGCUCAUUUUAUGUGUGAGGAGUUUAAAACGCCAUUGUGCAUGAAACCAUGUUUCAAAGAGUUCCACAAGCUGCAGAACGUCUAGGAACAUGUCCAGUGACUGUAUAUUUGUAUAUACAUAUAUUAUAAAACAAUAAUAAUAAAAAAAUUUUGUAUUUGUGUAAACAAGUUUUGUAAACAAUAUAUUGAUAAUUAUGUUUGUGCGCUUAUUGUGUUGUAUACAACGAGUGUAUAUAUGUACAUUGCACCUUACUCUGGACUCGCAGGCCACAUAAGUAACCUGAAAAAAUAAAAUAGUGAAAAAACAAGAAACCUUGGAAUGCAAGUACAGUGGACCCUCGCCUAACGAUAUUAAUCCGUUCCUGAGAGCUCAACAUUAGGUGAAAUUAUCAUUAGCCAAAUUAAUUUUCCCCAUAAGAAAUAAUGGAAAUCAAAUUAAUCCGUUCCUGACACCCCAAAGUAUGAAAAAAAAAAAGAUUUUACCACAUGAAAUAUUAAUUUUAAUACACACAAACUGAAGAAGACAUGUACAAUUACAUGACACUUACCUUUAUUGAAGAUCUGGUGAUGAUUGAUGGGAUGGGAAGAGGGGAGAGUGUGGAUGGUGCUAAUGUUUAGAAGGGGAAUCCCCUUCCAUUAGGACUUGAGGUGUCAAGUCCUUUUCUGGGGUUACUUCCCUUCUUCUUUUAAUGCCACUAGGACCAGCUUGAGAGUCACUGGACCUCUGUCGCAUAACAUAUCUGUCCAUAGAGCUCUGUAGCUCCCAUUCCUUUCAGAUUUGUCUAAAAUGGGCCAUAACAUUGUCAUUGUAAUAGUCACCAGCACAGCUUGCAAUAGCUGUGUUAGGGUGAUUUUCAUCCAUAAAGGUUUGCAGUUCAACCCACUUUGCACACAUUUCCUUAAUCUUUGAAGUAGGCACAAUGGAUUCCACAACUGGCAUAGGCGUCUCAGGGUUAGCCCCAAACCCUUCAAAAUCUUUCUUAAUUUCCAUACUAAUUCUCGCCCUUUUUAUCACAGGGUUGGCACUAGAAGCUUUCUUGGGGCCCAUGGUGACUUAUUUUGCAGGUGCAAUCACUAAAAACGCUGUGAUAAUAUGAAAUGUUCCGAUAUGUUUGGAUGCGACCACGGUGGCUGGCUUGUAAACACUGGCACCCACGGGACAAGUGAGGCACGCUCAGGCCACACGUGUAUGCGUCUCGAACGGAAUGAAUCGCAUUGGGCGAGUUUUUUAGCACUAGCCGAGGCAAAAUUUUUGCGUUAAAAUGUAUCGCUAGGCGGAUUUAACGUUACGCAAUGCUUUCGUUAGGCGAGGGUCCACUGUAAACCAAAGUUUACCGGGUGAGCGGCAUUCGCCUCUGUUGCCAUACAUGGCUCAUUUUCUGCCAACUUUAUGCCUCUGUAUCUCGGUAAGUACUGAUUUAAAAAAAAUUUUUUUUUUUUUUUUUUUUUUGGGUUUAAAACAACCAGAAAAUUAUUCUUAACAUUUUCAUAAGAUUUUUUUUUUUUUUUUUUUUUUUGAAAAUUCUUCGACACCAGGAGACACUUCAGGAUUUGGGGUUGUGACAGUCAAAGGGUUAAAUCUUCACUGGCACGAAGAGAUUUUUAGUACGUACGUAUUUUUCAAAUUUACGGCAGUUAGUAGAAAGUGGAAAUAUUUCAGAUGGUGACCUGGAGAUAUACACAACACACCUUGACAAAUUAAGGGAAAAAUUUAAAGUAUGCUUUGAGGACCUAGAGAAAGUGCACGUGCCUGACUGGAUUCUUACAACAUUUGAUUUGGAAAUACAAAAUGCAGACAAUAACACUCAAUUGCAGGAAGAAUUUAUUGAUAUGACUAUGUAUCUCGAAACAAAAGCAUUGUUCAGAAGUAAAAGCUAAAGUGACUAUUGAAACAAUGUACAUAAAUACUGUUGCUAAAUACCCCUGGCUCUGUGCAGUGGUUGAGCCAUUUUUACUUGCUUAUCCAAGUUCUUACAUGGUUGUAGCUGGUUUUAGCCGUGCAAAUGCAACUGUAACUAAGCAGAGGAACAGACUGAACCUGGAAGGGUGUGGUGAGUCACCACUAAGACUCGCCAAUCUCUAACCAAAUAUCAGUGCCAUUGUUGAUGAUCAUCAGAUGCAUCCUUCCCAUUAAUUAUUAUUAUUAUAAUCAUAAUUAAAUGCUUAGCCCAUCCUUUCCAUUAAUGAUACCAGUUUCAGUAAAAAAGGGUAUGUUAAUUCUCAUAUUUUUCAUAACUUAAAUUUUACCUAUUUUUUAUUAAGUCAUUAUUAUUAUUAUUAUUAUUAUUAUUAUUAUUAUUAUUAUUAUUAUUAUUAUUAUAUACGAAUACCACCUGGUGGUUCACACGUACUCACUCACCCAUUUGACCAUAAACAGAAAUAUCAAUCUCAAUCUCAAAAUAAUGAAUCUUAACUAGUCAAAAGUUGGCCUGUGAUACUCCAAUACUGAAACUAUGUAUUGUGCCAAAACAAAAGCAUUCACAUUGCUAAACUCACAACUAGUAUUUAGUCACUUAGCCAUAAUACCAACUUAUCUCAUAAUUUGUAAUAUUUUAAACCUAAGAUUUAAUAUAAGUCUGCCCAAAAUGCCUAGCCAUGCUAGGUGUUCUACUGGUACACUCUGUAAUUAUUAUUUUACUACAUGUAAACCACACAAUAACCAAAUUCUGUAAACUCAGCAUUGUAAUACUUAUAGAGAAUAAAGUUUGAAUUUGAAUUUGAAUAGUGCUAUUAGUUAGCCCUUUGAGGGUUUGAGGGUUUCGGCCGUACUAGUACGGCUUACGACCCAGUGUUUUUGACGUACUAGUACGCCUAAAUUCUAGUGCCCUCAAAUCUAGUGGGAGAAAGCAGGUAGGCCUACAUAUGAAAGAAUGGGUCUAUGUGGUCAGUGUGUACAGUAUAAAAAAAAUCCUGCAGCACACAGUGCAUAAUGAGAAAAAAAAACUUGGACCGUUUUUUUUGGAAUAAAACAGCGACUUUGCACUGUAUUUUCGUAUGGUAUUUAUUGUUGUAUUCUAGUUUUCUUGGUCUCAUUUUAUGGAAUGGAAGACAUAUUACAGAAAUUGAGAUGAUUUUGACUGGUUUUACAAUGAAAAGUACCUUGAAAUUGAGCUCAAAGUAGCAGAAAUGUUCUAUUUUUACCAAAGUUCAAAAGUAAACAAAUCAUGCCAAGCGUCCAAUACACGUCAACUGGUGAGUCUAAUAUUCUUUCGCAAGUGCACCAAUAUUAUUUAUACCAUUUUUUACACUAAUGCAGUAGUCAGCAUAACAGUAAAUCUUCUAUUUUUUGUGAGAAUAAAAAUUCAAAGUGGAAAGCAAAAGAAUGUAAGAAGGGCGUUGGAAUGUGACUAAUGAACAGAGGAAAUGUCAUUUUAGUGCCAGGAAUGUCUUUCUUGUUUGUUCUGGACCCUAUUUGGAAAUUGGCAUCUUUUGAAAUUUGUGUGAAAUUGGCAAAAUUGCUAAAUUCUGACCAUUGUACUGGAUAGUUGAAAUUGGUAAAUGGGUGGUUUCUUGCACUCAUUCGAUAGAAAAAAUGGAGUUCUAGCGAAAUAUUAUUUUUUUUGUCGACUAGUACAGUGGAAUUGGCCAAAAAUGGGGCUCAAAGUGGGCAAAAUCGCCGAUGCUUAAACAUCGCUGAGACCGCUAACUUCGAAGAGUAUAAUUCCGUAAAUUUUUCAUCAAAUUUCAUAUUUUUGGUGUCAUUAUGAUCAGGAAAAGAUUCUCGAUCUUUUCAUAAGAAAAAAAUAUUUUUUUUUUAAAUUUGGCCGACCCUAAGAACGAGUCUCGGAGAGGGCCUGUCGACCCUCAAAGGGUUAAAGUAUUAUUUUUUAAAUAAUUUUCGUAUAAUGUCUGGGGAGUGAUGAACAAUUUAAAACUUCAUGAAGGGGUCAAUGAGCUGAAGAGUUUGGGGACCCCUGGUCUAAAUCAAACUGGCAGGGGUUGAGCAUAUUGAAUGACACUAGAAAAGAGCAUAAUCUCUUGUGAACUAGUUUUUCAAAGAUUUUGGAUAACAAUGGUAAAUUAGACAUAGGUCUAUACUUAUUUACAUCCGUUGGGUCUCCACCUAUGCAUACUGGGGUAACUCUUAGGAUCUUUAUUAUUAUCAGGAAAGUUGUUAGUUUCCAAAGAUUUGUUGAACAAUAUUGUAUUUUUGGGUGGAAGCACAUGAACUGCUCUUUUGAACAUUCGUAGUGGUACUUGUGUUAAGUUUCCUGACUUGUUUGUCAAUGAAUUGAUUAUCAAAGAAACCUCAGUAGGAUUAGUUAGAGCCAAAUAAAAAGGUUGUUGAGGAAACUUUCAACAAGGUAGUCACUCACCUGGGUAUUGUAUUGGGAUUUUGCUAGCUAGGCUUGAUUCUAUGGUAGAGAAGAAAUCAUUUAACAUAUUGGCUGUUUCAUCAAGCUGGAUGUUUAGUGCAUUGGGUUUGGUUGGGCAAUAUCACUGGUUUUGGUCAGUUUCCAAGAACCCAUGAUUGGAGUGUGCAUUCCAGGUCUUCUUCAUAUCACCUCUUUAUUUCAUUAAAUUUGCUAGUAUAAUACAGCCUCUCCUCACUUAAUGAUGGAGUUACAUUCCUGAGACCACGUCGUUAAACGAAUUUGUCACUAAGUGAGGAGCAUGCUUUAACCCUUUCAGGGUUUCGGCCGUACUAGUACGGCUUACGCACUAGGGUCCAUGACGUACUAGUACUCAUAAAUUCUAGCACUUUCAAAUCUAGUGAGAGAAAGCUGGUAAGCCUACAUAUGAAAGAAUGGGUCUAUGUGGUCAGUGUGUGCAGUAUAAAAAAAAAUCCUGCAGCACAUAGUGCGUAAUGAGAAAAAAGAACUUUGACCGUGUUUUUGGAUUAAGACAGUGACUUUGCACUGUAUUUUCGUAUGGUAUUUAUUGUUGUAUUCUAGUUUUCCUGGUCUCGUUGUAUAGAAUGGAAGACAUAUUACAGAAAUUAAGAUGAUUUUGACUGGUUUUACAAUGAAAAGUACCUUGAAAUUGAGCUCAAAGUAGCAGAAAUGUUCGAUUUUUACCAAAGUUCAAAAGUAAACAAAUCAUGCUAUGCGUCCAAUACACGUCAACUGGUGAGUCUAAUAUUCUUUCACAAGUGUGCUGAUAUUAUUUAUACCAUUUCUACACCAAUGCAGUAGUCUGCAUAACAGUAAAUCUUCUAUUUUUUUGUGAGAAUAAAAAUUCAAAGUGGAAACCAAAAGAAUGUAAGAGGGGCAUGGGGACUUGACUAAUGAAAGAGAAAAUGUUAGUGCCAGGAAUGUCUUUCUUGUUUAUUCUGGACCCUGUUCGGAAAUUGGCAUCUUUUGAAAUUUGUGUGAAAUUGGCACAAUUGCUAAAUUCUGACCACUGUAUUGGAUAGUUGAAAUCGGUAAAUGGGUGGUUUCUUUUACCCAUUUGAUAGAAAAAAUGGAGUUCUAGCGAAAUAGUUAUGAUUUUUGUCGACAAGCACACUGGAAUUGGCCAAAAAUAGGGCUCAAAGUGCGCAAAAUCGCUGAUGCGUAAACAUCGUCGAGACUGCUAACUUCGCGAGAGCAUAAUUCCGUAAGUUUUCCAUCAAAUUUCAUACUUUUGGUGUCAUUAUGAUCGGGGAAAAGAUUCUCUAUCUUUUCUUAAGAAAUUUUUUUUUUUUUUUUUUAAAUUUGGCCAGCCCUGAGAACAAGUCUCUGAGAGGGUCUGUCGACCCUGAAAGGGUUAAUUAAACAUGCAAGAUUUCAGGUACGUCUUGCUACUUCUACUUCCACUUAAGUCACCCUACACAUACAUGUACAAGCAAAUAUACACCUACCAUCCGACUUAAGACCUGCUCGACUUACGACCGUGUUUUUUAUGCCAAAUUUCUGGGAAGUAAACAACUAUUUGUGUUGUACACAGUGUUUAUCCUAAACCUUACAGUAUAAAAUACAGUACUAACAGCAUAAAAAGUAAAGUAUAAAACAUGAAAUACCAAAAUAAAACAAUGAAAUAAAGUCAUUACUAAAAUGUUUUGUUGAUAUUCAGUAGUAAAGUUCGACUUACGACCAUUUCGACUUACGACUGGUUUCUCGGAACCGAACUCAGUCGUAAGUCGGAUGGUAGGUGUAUAUACACACCCCUCUGGGUUUUCUUCUAUUUUCUUUCUAGUUCUUGUUCUUGUUUAUUUCCUCUUAUGUCUGUGGGGAAGUGGAACAGAAUUCUUCCUCUGUAAGCCAUGCGUGUUGUAAGAGGCGACUAAAAUGCCGGGAGCAAGGGCCUAGUAACCCCUUCUGUAUAAAUUACUAAAUUUAAAAAAGAGAAACUUUUCAUUUUUCUUUUUGGGCCACCCUGCCUUGGUGGGAUAUGGCCAGUUUGUUGAAAAAAAAAAUAAACAUUUAAAAUAACAUUUACUUACCUUUAUUGAAGCCUGUUGCUGGCAUCUGGAAGAUAGGAGGAGUGAGGGAGCACUUAUUGUUUGGAAGGGAAAUCCUCUUACAUAAAGACUUUAGUUAACAAGUCCUUAUCUGGGGUUACUUCCCUUCUUUGUCUUUUAAUGCCACUAGGACCAGCUUGAGAGUCACUGGACCUCUGUCGCACAAAAUAACUGUCCAGAGUCCUCUGUUUCUGGCGCCUCUUUAACAUUUCCCUAAAAUGGGACAUGGUUCUGUCACUGAACUUGUUGCAGAGAUGGCUUGUUUCAGCUUGCUCACCCCCUCAAGGAAGGUUCCUUGAUGUUGGUGAGGGGCUCUUGAUUUAGGGAAUUGGAUCUGUGCUCCAGUUCCCCGAAUUAAGCCUGAAUGCCUUCCACAUCCCCCCCCAGGCGCUGUAUAAUCCUCCGGGUUUAGCGCUUCCCCCUUGAUUAUAAUAAUAAUCAGCUUGCUCAGGGUGGUAUUUUUCCACAAAACUUUGCAACCUAUUCCACAUUCCACACAUGUCCCCAAUUACUGAAGAAGGCACUUCUUCCACUCCCUCUUCCUCCUCCUCUGAAGUAAGUUCCUCAACUGUGGUCUGAUGCUGUUCCAGAUGAAGCUCUUGCAGCUCUUCAGUGGUUAGCUCUUCCCUGUGGUCCUCCACCAACUCUUCCACAUCCUCGCCACUCACCUCCAACCCCAUGAACCUCCCCAAUGCCACAAUACCUUCCACAACAGGCAGAGGGUCGGCACACCCUCUCGUAUUUUUGUACUAUUUCUUUCUUCACUUCUAUGGUGUUUCUCACUUUCUUUACCAAAGGGGCGCCACUAGGAAGUUUCUUUGGACCCAUGGCAACUUAUUUCACAGUCUCACUCAAUAAACAGGCACCGAACACAAUGAAUUAAUUGUGAAAUGUUUGGAUGAGCAUGCAGGGUAAUGUUCACUCCAAGAUAAACAAGCAGCCAGACUGACUCAUGACACCUGCGCGGGGAGGCAUGCAGGCGGACAGGUCUGGUACGCGGAACGAAACACGGGGCACAGUGCGAAACUCGGGACAAAAUUUAGCCGAAAAAGCGGUUCUAAACUUGAAGCGUACAAUACUCAGGGCAGACAAAACUUGGGGUUCCACUGUACUACAUUAUUUAGGUAUGAAUAGUGGUCAUAGAGCCUGUCGUAAGUCCGAGGCUUUGGUAAACGAGUACGUCGCUAAGUGAGGAGAGGCUGUAUAGUUGUUCAGACUUCCUAUUAGGUUGAUAAGUACUGACGUAGUUUUUGGUUUGUUCUUUGGUUAUUAAACCUGUUCUAUAUUUUUAUUAUAAAUAUGUAUAUUUAUCAAUGGAUCUUAUUAUUAUUACUGUAUUACAUUCAUGGGGGAAACACUGAACCCAUAGGGGCCAAACAGUACCUCAGGGAAUUGAAGGCAUUCAGGCUUGAUUUAAGGAGUGGAACAUAGAUCCAAUUCACUAGAUCUAGAGCCCCUCACUAAGGAUGCUAUUUGUUAACCAUAGGCUACCUAGUCUCUCUGCUGUGAUUUGCAUAGUUUCAAUAGGAUAAUGUCUAUUGUAAAGGCUUUGUAUUUUUUUUGCAGAAAAAUUUUGACCCAUUCAUCAAUAAACUCCAUGCCAGUCAAUUUUACUUACUACCGUGGUGAAGUUAUUUAAUAUUUCAUCAUGGAGAUGAAAUGAGAUCAUAUUAGUUUUGAGUGGUAGCUUACAUAUGUUAGCUAUGAGGAAGGUGUGGUAGUGGAUUCAAGGAUCUAAGUCUAUCUUCAUAUGGGAGAUUCCUUAUAGAGUGAAUCAUUUUCAUCAUACUUCUCUAUGUUCUCCAAUGAAUUUAUAUCCAUCCUAUAGUAAGGAUAAGAUAAGAUAAAGUCAUUUUCUUUGUAAAGAUUAUAAUGUGUAAUUACAAUUUUGAUUUGCUAAGUACAAAGAUAGCCACUAUCAUGCCAGGGCAUUUUGGGCAGACUAAUCCUAAUACAUAGUAACUAAUUAAAACUAGCAAGAUAAUAAGUACAUAGUAACUAUACUUGAAACUAGACAAGAAGUAGUUGUUAAGUUAACUGUUUUACAAAUUUAUUUAAACUUAAUACAGGUGUGAGGUAGUAAGGUGUAGUAGGGUUUGGUAAAAUAAUCUUGAAAUUGCUCACAAAAUCUACAUUACAAGUAAUGGUUCAGGUGGUAAUAUUUUUUGGAUAGGCAGAAUUAAAAGUGUAGAGGUCACAUAAUAAAACUAAUUAGCAGAUGUUUUGGUCGAUUUGGUUAAUAUUGAGAGAUAAGAUGAUUUUUUAGCAAAGUCCUAAAUUUAUCAGUUGUCAGAGGAUCCUUGACCUGUUCUGUUAGUGAGUUCCAGAUCUUCGGGCCCUUUAUGUAUGUGCAUAGCAUUCUUGCAUAAUGAGAGACUGACUCGAGGGAUGUUGAAAAGUGCCUUAUGCCUUGUAUUGUGACUGUGCAUUCUGUUGUAACUGUCAAGGAGUAGCUUUAGGGGAGGGUUUACAGUGGAGUUUAAUGAUCUGUAUAUGUAGUAGGCACUGUAGUAGGUACUAGAGUAUAGUGGUACCAACACUUAUAUGGGUGUGAAGCAUGUGUUGUGAAUGCUGCAGAAAGGAGGAGGCUGGAGGCAGUGAUGUCAAGUUUAAGGGCAAUGUGUGGUGUAAAUAUAAUGCAAAGAAUUUGUAGUAUGGAAAUUAGGUGCAAGUUGCAAGAAGUACAGUGGACCCCCGGCAUACGAUAUUAAUCCGUUCCUGAGAGCUCAUCGUAUGCCAAAAUUAUCAUAAGGCGAAUUAAUUUUCCCCAUAAGAAAUAAUGGAAAUCAAAUUAAUCCGUGCAAGACACCCAAAAGUAUGAAAAAAAUUUUUUACCACAUGAAAUAUUAAGUUUAAUACACACAAACUGAAGAAGACAUGCACAGUUAGUAGUACUCUACUAACAAUAGAAUACAUGACACUUACCUUUAAUGAAGAUCUGGUGAUGAGUGAUGGGAUGGGAGGAGGGGAGAGUGUUGAAGUUGUUAUUGUUUAGCAGGGGAAUCCCCUUCCAUUAGGACUUGAGGUAGCAAGUCCUUUUCCGGGGUUACUUCCCUUCUUCUUUUAAUGCCACUAGGACCAGCUUGAGAGUCACUAGACUUCUGUCGCACAACAUAUCUGUCCAUAGAGGCCUGUACCUCUCGUUCCUUUAUGACUUUUCUAAAGUGGUUCACAACACUGUCAUUGUAAUAGUCACCAGCGCGGCUUGCAAUAGCUGUGUGAGGGUGAUUUUCAUCCAUAAAGGUUUUCACCUUUGUCCACAUUGUACACAUUUCUUUAAUCUUUGAAGUAGGCAACUUCUUCAAUUUCUCUAUCCCCUCCUCCGAAGCAGUUUCCUCAGGCCUGGCGUCUUGCUGUUGAAGAUGAUCUAGCAGCUCAUCAGUGGUUAGUUCUUCAUUGUCCUCCUCCACCAACUCUUCCACAUCCUCCUCACUAACCUCCAACCCCAAGGACUUCCCCAUUGCCACAAUGGAUUCCUCAACUGGCAUACGAUUCCCAGGGUUAGCCUUAAACCCUUCAAAAUCCCUUUUGUCUACACAUUAUGGCCACAGUUUCUUCCAAGCAGAGUUCAAGGUCCUCUUAGUCACUCCCUCCCAAGCCUUACCUAUAAGGUUUACACAAUUGAGGAUAUGAAAGUGAUCCUUCCAAAACUCUUUUAGGGUCAAUUGAGUGUCUGUGGUCACUUCAAAGCACUUUUGAAACAUAGCUUUUGUGUACAGUUUCUUGAAGUUGGAAAUGACCUGCUGGUCCAUGGGCUGCGGGAGAGGAGUGGUAUUAGGAUAAAAAACUUGACCUUAAUGAAGAUCAUGUCCCCAGAAAGUCGCUCUGCCAAGUCUGUAGGAUGACCAGGGGCAUUGUCUAAUACCAGGAGGCACUUAAGGACUAAUUUCUUUUCAGUUAGGUAAUUUUUCACAUUGGGGGCAAAUGUAUGGUGUAACCAGUCAUAGAAAAAGUCCCUAGUGACCCAUGCCUUACUGUUUGCCCUCCACAGCACACAAAUUAGCAUUGAGGACAUUGUUUUGCCUGAAUGCUCUGGGAGUUUCUGAGUGAUACACCAAUAAAGGCUUCACUUUGCAAUCACCACUAGCAUUGGCACACAUCAGAAGAGUAAGCCUGUCUUUCAUAGGCUUAUGUCCUGGGAGUGCCUUUUCCUCCUGAGUAAUGUAGGUCCUGCUUGGCAAUUUCUUCCAAAACAGGCCUGUUUCGUCGCAAUUAAACACUUGUUCAGGUUUAAAUUCUUCACUGUCUAUGUAAUCCUUGAAUUCCUUCACAUAUUUUUCAGCUUCUUUUUGGUCCGAACUGGCAGCCUCACCAUGCCUAAUCACACUAUGUAUGCCACUAUGAUUCUUAAAUCUUUCAAACCAACCUUUGCUGGCCUUAAAUUCACUCACAUUACCACUAGUUGCAGGCAUUUUUUCAAUUAAAUCCUCAUGCAGCUUCCUAGCCUUUUCACAUAUGAUCGCUUGAGAGAUGCUAUCUCUUGCUAUCUGUUUUUCAUUUAUCCACACCAAUAACAGUCUCUCAACAUCUAACACUUGCGAUCUCUGUUUCGAAAACAGACAUGCACCUUUUGCAAGAACAGCUUCCUUGAUUGCCGUUUUCUUGGCCACUAUAGUAGCGAUGGUUGAUUGGGGUUUGGUAUACAACCUGGCCAGCUCCGACACACGCACUCCACUUUCGUACUUUGCAAUUAUCUCUUUCUUCAUUUCCAUAGUAAUUAGCACCCUUUUACUCACAGGGUUGGCACUAGAAGCUUUCUUGAGGCCCAUGGUGACUUAUUUUGCAGAAACAAGUGCCAAAAACUCUGUGAUAAUAUGGAAUGUACCGAAUGUAUGCUUAGAUGCGAGCACACUGGCUGGCUUGUAAACAGUGGCACGCAUGGGGCAGUUCAGGCCACAUGUGGACGCGUCCCGGACGAAUCGCUUGUGGCGGGUUUUUUAGCGAGUGGCGAGGCAAAAUUUUUGCGUUAAAAUGUAUCGUAUACCGGAUUUAACAUAUACCGAUGCCAUCGAAUGCCGGGGGUCCACUGUAUUAUUCAGAGGGCUGAAGAAGGGUUGAGGUGGUUUGGUCAUUUAGAGAGGAUGGAGCAAAAUAGAAUGACUUGGAAGGUGUAUAAAUCUGUAGUGUAGGGGAGGAGGGGUAGGGGUCAUCCUAGGAAAGGAUGGAGGGAGGGAGGUAAAAGCAGGCGACAUGUGUGAGCAUGUUAGAUAGAAGUGAAUGGAGAUGAGUGUGAGCAGGGUAAUAUUUUGUGAAGGGAUUCAGGGAAACUAGUUAGUUAGACUUGAGUCUUGGAGGUGGGAAGUACAGUGCUUGCACUUUAAAAGAGGGGGUUUGGAAUAUUGGAUGUUUGGAGUGACAUCUGAAUUGUCAUGUCUGGGCACCUCUGCAAACACAGUGAUUAUGUGUGAAUGAUGGUGAAAGUGUUUCAUUUUUGGGUCAUCAUGCCUUGGUUGGAGACAGCCAGUGUGUUAAAAAAAAUUUGCACUAUAAUACAUUAAGUGCACAGUAGAGCCAGGCAUAAAAUUUUUUUUAUAUAAGUAUAGUAGUAUGUUAGUAGACAGCAAGCACCAUGGAAGGUACUACCAUCCUGCCAAGUGAGUGUAAAACGAAAACCUGUAAUUAUUUUACAUGAUGGUAGGAUUGCUGGUGUCUUUUUUCUGUCUCCUAAACAUGCAAGAUUUCAGGUACGUCUUGCUUCUUCUACUUACACUUAGUUUACACUACACAUACAUGUACACGUUUAUGUGUACACACUCAUCUGAGUUUUCUUUGAUUUUAUCUUAAUAGUUUUUGUUCUUAUUGCUUUUCCUUUUAUAUCCAUGGGGAAGUGGAAUAAGAAUCUUUCCUCCAUAAGCCACGCGUGUUGUAAAAUUCAACUAAAAUGCCGGGAACAACAGGCUAGUAACCCCUUUUCCCAUAUAGCCUACUAAAAAGAAAAAGAAGAAAACCAUCAAAGUAGUGCAAAAGGAGAGCAGAUGAUAGAGUGGGAGAGGCACUGUCAAGAAAUUUUGAUGAAAAUAAGAAAAAAAAUUUGAAGUGAGAUAAACAAGUUAAGAAAGCCUAGGGAACGAAUGGAUUUGUCAGUUAUAAAUGGAGUAGUGGAGUUAGUAGAUGGGGAGCUGGAGGUAUUGAGUAGAUGGCAGGAAUAUUUUGAGGAACUUUUAAAUGCCAAUGAAGAAAGGGAGGCAGUAAUUUCAUGUACUGGCCAGGGAGGUAUAGUAUCUUUUAGGAGUGAAAGAGAGCAGGAUGUGAGUGUGGGGAGGUGCGUGAGGCAUUACGUAGAAUGAAAAGGGGUAAAGCGACUGGAACUGACGGGAUCAUGACAGAAAUAUUAUCAGCAGGGGGGGAUAUAGUGUUGGAGUGGUUGGUAUUUUUGUUUAAUAAAUGUACGAAAGAAGGGAAGGUACUUAGGGAUUGGCAGAGUGCAUGUAUAGUUCCUUUAUAUAAAGGGAAGGGGGACAAAAGAGAUUGUAAAAAUUAUAGGGAAGGAGGUGAAUGUAUUCAGAUAUUUGGGAGUGGACGUGUCAGUGGAUAGGUCUAUGAAAGAUGAGGUGAAUCAUAGAACUGAUGAGGGGAAAAGGGUGAGCGGUGCACUUAGGAGUCUGUGGAGACAAAGAACUUUGUCCUUGGAAGCAAAGAGGGGAAUGUAUGAGAGUAUAGUUUUACCAACGCUCUUAUAUGGGUGUGAAGCAUGGGUGAUGAAUGUUGCAGCGAGGAGAAGGCUGGAGGCAGUGGAGAUGUCAUGUCUGAGAGCAAUGUAUGGUGUGAAUAUAAUGCAGAGAAUUCGUAGUUUGGAAGUUAGGAGGAGGUGCGGGAUUGCCAAAACUGUUGUUCAGAGGGCUGAGGAAGGAUUGUUGAGGUGGUUUGGACAUGUAGAAAGAAUGGAGUGAAACAGAAUGACUUCAAGAGUGUAUCAGUCUGUAGUGGAAGGAAGGCGGGGUAAGGGUCGGCCUAGGAAAGGUUGGAGGGAGGGGGUAAAGGAGGUUUUGUGUGCGAGGGGCUUGGACUUCCAGCGGGCAUGCGUGAGCGUGUUUGAUAGGAGUGAAUGGAGACAAAUGGUUUUUAAUACUUGACGUGUUGUUGGAGUGUGAGCAAAGUAACAUUUAUGAAGGGAUUCAGGGAAACCGGCAGGCCGGACUGGAGUCCUGGAGAUGGGAAGUACAGUGCCUGCACUCUGAAGGAGGGGUGUUAAUGUUGCAGUUUAAAAACUGUAGUGUAAAGCACCCUUCUGGCUAGAUAGUGAUGGAGUGAAUGAUGGUGAAAGUUUUUCUUUUUCGGGCCACCCUGCGUAGGUGGGAAUCGGCCAGUGUGUUAGUAAAAAAAAAAAAAGUUUACUGAGUAUACCAGGAAAAGCAUACGGUAGGGUUAUUAUAGAAAGAAUUAAGAGAUAAGACAGGGUAGGAUUGCGGAUGAGUAAGGAGGCUUUAGAGUGGGUAGGGGAUGUGUAGAUCAAGUAUUUACAUUGAAGCAUAAAUGUGAACAGUAUUUAGAUAAAGGUAGGGAAGUUUUCAUUACAUUUAUGGAUUUAGAAAGGGCAUAUGAUAGAGUGGAUAGGGGAGCAAUGUGGCAAGUAUAUGGAAUAGGUAGUAAGUUAUUAAAUGCUGUAAAGAGUUUUUAUGAGGAUAGGCUCAGGUUAGGGUGUGUAGAAGAGAGGGAGACUAGUUCCCGGUAAAAGUAGGUCUUACACAGGGAUGUGUAAUGUCACCAUGGUAGUUUAAUAUAUUUAUAGAUGGGGUUGUAAAAGAAGUAAAUGCUAGGGUGUUGGGGAGAGGGGUGGGAUUAAAUUAUGGGGAACCAAAUAUGAAAUGGGAGUUGACACAGUUACUUUUUGCUGAUGAUACUGUGCUUAUGGGAGAUUCUAAAGAAAAGUUACAAAGGUUAGUGGACGAGUUUGGGAGGGUGUAUAAAGGUAGAAAGGUAAAAGUGAACAUAGAUAAGAGUAAGGUGAUGAGUGUAUCAAAUGAUUUAGAUAAAGAAAAAAUGGAUAUCACAUUGGAGAGGAGUAUGGAAGAAGUGAAUAUUUUCAGAUGUUUGGGAGUUGAUGUGUCAGCGGAUGGGUUUAUGAAGGAUGAGGUUAAUCAUAGAAUUGAUGAAGGAAAAAAGGUGAGUGGUGCAUAGAGGUAUAUGUGGAGACAAAAAACAUUAUCUAUGGAGGCAAAGAAGGGAAUAUAUGAAAGUAUAGUAGUACCAACUCUCCUAUAUGGAUGUGUAGCUUGGGCUGUAAAUGCUGCAGUGAGGAGGCAGUGGAGAUGUCCUUUCUAAGGGUAAUGUGUGGUGUAAAUAUUAUGCAGAAAAUUCAGAGUGUGGAAAUUAGAAGGUGUGAAGUUAAUAAAAGUAUUGGUAAGAGGGCUGAAGAGGGGUUGUUGAGGUGGUGUGGUCAUUUAGAGAGAAUGGAUCAAAGUAGAAUGACAUAGAGAGGUUCCUUGAAAAGGUUGGAGGGAGGGGCUAAAGGAGGUUUUGUGGGAGAGAGGCUUGGACUUCCAGCAAGCGUGCAUGAGCAUGUUAGAUAGGAGUGAAUGGAGAUGAAUUGUUUUUGGGGCCUGACAAGCUGUUGGAGUGUGAGCAGGGUAAUAUUUAUUGAAGGGAUUCAGGGUAACUGGUUAUUUUUACAUAGCCAGACUUGAAUUCUGGAAAUGGGAAUUACAAUGCCUGCAUUUUACAGGAGCGGUUUGGGAUAUUGACAGUUUGGAGGGAUAUGUUAUAUCUUUAUACAUGUAUAUGCUUCUAAACUGUUGUAUUUGGGCACCUUUGCAAAAACAGUGAUUAUGUAUGAGUGACAUGAAAGUGUUGAAUGAUGAUGAAAGUAUUUUCUUUUUGGGUCACCCUGCCUUGGCGGGAGACGGCUGACUUGUUGGAAAAAAAAAGUAUAAAUAACAUGAAUGUACAGUAAACAAACCAUACAAUGAGUGGGGAUAGAAUCUGCGGUCAGAGAGUCAUAACACUCCAGACCAACGUGUUAGCCACUGGGCUCGCCAGGUACAAUAAGAUUCAUCCAACUAGGUAUAUUUAUAAACCAUAGGAAGAUUAGUAUAGGCACAGAUGAAUCUCCCACCAGUGUGGCCGUGAUGAGCUCUAGCUCGAAUCCCCUCAAAGCUAUCAUCAUGACUCACAAAUUGUGAUGACACAAAUGCAAACAAACCAUACCAAGGGUAGGGAUAGAACUCAUGGUUGGUCUGGGGUUUUAUGAAUGACCGUGAGUUCCAUUGCUGGCCGUGGUAUGGUUUGUUUGCAAUCGUGUCAUUACGAUUUUGUAAGUCAUGAUGAAGGCUUUGAGGGGACUCGAGCUAGAGUUCAUCAUGGCCACACUGGUAGGAGAUUCAUUUGUAAAAACUUCCAUUUGUGGCCACAGUGUGCUUAUGCUAACCUUCCUAUGGUGUAUAAAUAUACCUAGUUGUAUUAGUGGCAUGCCAAAAAGCAAGGCCUUCCUAUGCUAGAUAAAACCCAGUCUUGGGCAAAAUGUUGUAUUAAAAGAAUCCUCUGCUAGUGAAGUUGUUGGAGUUAGAGCAGCAAUCCUUAUCAAGGCAAUUAAUGUUGCUCUUUAGGUUAUAGUAGGAAUAGAAAUAAAUUAGAUCACCCUUUUUUGCCAAGUUCUUAAUGAAACUCAGUUUUUUAACUACUGUAUUUGUAUGAUUAUCAAUAAAAAAACAAUUUUCUAGCAAUAGAUUUUAUUAAUUUACAAUUCUGAAAUGUAAAUAAAAUGUGCUUGAAAAGCAAAAAUUCUUUGGAUAGGUAGGUUCAAUGUGUGCUGGAACAUUAUACAGUUUAGCAGGUGGGUAUUGAUAUGAGUGAAUCUGUUAGGACAAUAAUUUUAUUUAAUUUCUCAAAGGAUUAUGGCCAGGUGCUCCAUGCACACAAGAGGUAGAAUAUAUCACAAGCCAUUAAGACACCGAUGAUGAAGCAAACAUGUAGGACCACAAAUAUUAUGUAAGAGCAUUACUGUUUUUUUUUUUUUUUUUUUCUUGCCAUAUUUUAUUACCAAUAGUAUUUAAGCACUCAACACCAGCAUAAUAUAACCCAG